CAGUGUGCAUCCUCAGACUUUUGGGGUUUUAGGGUUUUUCUGUGUUCGGACUGGACUCUCUCUCUCUCUGUCUAUUCUACCUCCUUAUCGACAACAAAACCAUGACUGCCGAGACCCAGGAAGAGCUCGCAGCUCAGCUCGAAGCUCAGAAGAUCCUCGAGUCUGAUAAGCCUGUGGUAGAGGAUGUUGUUGAUGAUGAAGAUGAUGAUGAUGAGGAUGAUGAUGAUGAUGACAAGGACGAAGAUGAAGCUGAGGGACAACAAGAUGGAGAUGCAAGUGGUAGGUCAAAGCAAAGCAGGAGUGAAAAGAAGAGCAGAAAAGCAAUGUUGAAACUUGGAAUGAAACCUAUCCCUGGUGUUAGUCGUGUUACUGUGAAAAAGAGCAAGAAUAUUUUGUUUGUUAUCUCAAAACCGGAUGUUUUUAAAAGCCCAACAUCAGACACAUAUGUUGUCUUUGGGGAGGCUAAGAUUGAGGACUUGAGCUCACAACUACAGACUCAAGCUGCAGAACAGUUUAAGGCUCCUGAUCUCAGCCAUGUGAUUUCCAAGCCUGAGACUUCAACCAUGGCCCAGGAUGACGAAGAGGUGGAUGAAACUGGAGUUGAGCCAAAGGAUAUUGAAUUGGUGAUGACACAAGCAGGAGUCUCUAGGUCGAAGGCUGUUAAGGCUUUGAAGGCAGCCGAUGGAGACAUAGUUUCUGCCAUUAUGGAGCUUACCAACUGAUAGGAGCCUUAAAUUGUAUGUGAUCUAGUGGCAUUUUUAUUAUGGUUUUCCACACUUUUGUGAUUUGAAGUCAGAAAUUUUUUUCCUCUCAAAGUUUGUUAUUUUUCAUAUGGAUUUGCUUUUUCUGUUGUAUUACUAAACAAAUAUCAAAUGCAUCUUUCGGUGAUUAAGAUGA